AUGAAUGAAUCAAGCUGUCCGUUGCUCGAGGCGCAAUCGAAGCCCGCCCUCUGGAAUCACAUGAGGGUCCGCUACCAGCGAGCCUUCCCCGUUGCUGUGGGACAGUAUAUCACCGAGAUUGAUAUGAACAACGAGACUGCCAGUACUCGGGUUCUGAGUGAUACCGCGCUCGCAAAAUUCCUUAAGAUCCGCGAGAAGUACGACCCACAAGGGCUUUUUCCAAACUACAGGGCCAUUGUCAGAACUCACGCAAAGAUGGAUAAACUAGACAGCCGUGCGAAGCUUUGA